AUGCCCAUGUACAACUUCGAACUCGCCAUCAAGCUGAGCCAAGCCCAGAAAAUGGCUCUGGCCCGCCGAAUCACCGACUGGCACGCAACCACAUUCAGGGCGCCGCGGUUCAUCGUCAACGUCCGCUUCAUCGACGUGACCCAGGGCCUCUUGUCAGAUUCCUACGUCGGCGGCGUGCAGAGAAACAUCAAUCGCCUGUUUGUCAGCCUUCGAAGUGGUGGUGGCCGCACUCAGGAGCAGCUGGAAGGCAUAGCCGACAAGCUGGAGGGGUUCUGGAACGAGACUGUGGGAAAUGACUCGAUUGCGAAGCAGCUCAAGGGGGUCUUUGUUAUGGGAGAGAUUGACGUUGCAAAGGAAGCAGGGUUUCAUCUGCCUAUGCCUGGCCAUUUCGAGCAGUGGGUCAAGGACAACACGGAUGAGUUUAAGCGUAUGGCUGAAGAGGGUGACCCCGAUGCGCAGCAAGUUGUCGAGGAGAUUAAAGUCAGGCCUGAGUUUCAGAAGUAA